AUGUGCGAGAUUCAUAUUGAUGGGAAGGCGCUUGGAGACGGCGACCUGAAGGCUCUCCACACAUCUCAAGCGCUUACCCGAAUAAAUAUUUCCAAAUGCAGUGGCGUCUGUAAUGUGCAGCUGCUGGCUGGCUUGAAGCAACUACAGGAGCUGCACUUGGGAGUUGAUGGUGAGAUACAGAACAUCAUCUUACUCAGUGAACUACCAGAGCUGAGAAAGCUAUCAUUUAGCAGCGCAUACUUACAUGAUAGCGAUGUGCGUUGUCUGGGCCUCCUCCAAAAAUUGGAGGGACUCUCUCUUCGAAGCUGUUCCCGGGUUACAAGCUGUCAGUGUAUCGGUCAACUUCCACUCCUUCGGGUGCUUGAUCUGAGCUAUACCGGCGUCACCGAUGAAGGACUGAUGGGCCUCAGUGCGAGUCGCGGCCUUGUGAAGAUUGUGCUCCAAUUCUGCAGUGACCUCACCGAUUUGUCUCCUCUCGCAUCCAUCGAGACGCUGGAAGAGGUGAAUCUUUUUUAUUGUCAAGGAGUGAAGAUUGUUGGUGCCCUUGGCAGGCUGCCUGUUCUUCGUAUCCUUGACUUGGGAUACACUGCUAUUACAGACGGGGAGUUGCAGGGUCUCUGUGCGAGUCGCAGUCUUGUGAAGAUUGUACUCCAAUUCUGCAGGCACCUUACAGAUGUGUCUCCUCUCGCAUCCACUGAGACAGUGGAAGUGGAGCUGCCUGAGUAUCGAGUUUUGAAGGCUGUUGGUGUCCUUGCAGGCUCACCACCUUAA